UAUCAUAGAAUAAAUGCAUGUUUUCAAUGUUUUAUCUUAAUUUUCCUUUCAAAUGUAAUUGAAGUAAUUAAUUACAUUUGCCAAGUAAUUGGAAUGUAAUUAAUUACAUUGGUAAAAAAAGUCAAAUGUAAUGUGUAAUUUAAUUGAAGAUUUUGUAAUUGUAAUUGAAUGUAAUUAAUUACUUUCAAAUGUAAUUGACCCCAUGUCUGGUGUCCACACUUGUAAAUAACAUAAACUAUGUUCUUGUAUAUAUGCUAUGAAUGUUUUGUGUAUAUUUGAAUAUGUUUAGCUAUGUUGACAGACUUAAAGGUACAAUGGCAACUCAUAAACAUACAAAUCGUUUAGUCUCAGUAUCAUAUGAAAACUUGAAAGAUAGUCAACUGCUGCUAAAUAUGUUCCAUUCAGGUAUACUCGGUGUAAUAAGAGUACUCAGUACAAUUGGGGUACUCACGUUCUUAUGUAUUGGUUAUAUAUUCAUACGUUCGUAUCAAUAGUUUUAGAUAUACUUAAUUACUUUAGUGCACACAAAGAAAUGUUCUGUAAUAUCAUAUUCGAUAGGCGGAACAAAUCAAAUAUGAAAUAUGCGUUGAUAAGCACGCACUAUGUAAUCGUAACGACGAUUAUACAGCAAUGCAUUGGAAAACAAAAUAACAAAUUUGAUAGAAAACUGCGGCGUAAUUUCACGGUUGUAGCAUAAAUAUGCAAUUUUAAGAAUUGAAUGUUUUUUUUUGGUAAUGUAAUAGGGUUGUAUAAUCGUUGGUCAAGGGCACACUUAACUUUUAGUAUUUAAAGUCAUAUGAUACUUAAAAUUUAUUAAAACAGUUGACUUGACAUGUUUAAUUUACUUGGAUAGUUAAGUUUUACAAACAUAACGUGUACAUAUAAUUUCAUUUUCUUAUAAAAAGAAAAUCCUUUAUUUGAACAAAAUUAUCUGGAUUCCAGUCCUUUCUAAAUGUCGAGUAUCUGUUGGAUAUAGAUAGCAUAUACAGACAGAACAGAAAUGAAAUUCAUCUUUAAAGACAAGUGCUUUGGUAUCCAUCCUUGACUAAACCUAAUUCUUUCAGUUAAACAUAAUUAUUUUAAAAAACACAAUUUUUUUGUAGUCAAUUGUCAUUUAAUAUUUCUCUUUAAUUCUCAUACGAAUGACACCUUCACUACCAUAUAAAUAUGCUAUUGUCUGUUUCAUUGUUUGUAUUUGACCACGCCAUAACCAUUUGAUAUGCAUGUGCAAAGAAAUAUUGUAUAUUGUCUUUUAAAAAAAUUAAUUGGCUAACAGUGCUUAUAUAAUGCAUAGAGUGCAUUGCUGUUGAAGUAAUUGUUUUGACAACACACAUCUAUAAAAGUAGAAUGAGUCCGUCAAAAGUGUCAAUCUAUAACCUGCAGUUCGGGAGCAACUAGUUGAUAUAGAAAUGGGAGUGGUUGACGAUUUAAAAGGAGCAUCUAUAUUUUGUAAAGUAGCUUUUAUUUUAUUGUUAAUUGCUACUUUAUUUACAUGCAUUUCCUAUACGACAACUGAUUGGGUUUAUGAGGAUGUAGCAAAAAAUCAUUAUGGUUUAUGGAGAAUAUGUGGUGAAGCAGAAGUGCCAACGGGAUGCCAAACUAUAGAUGGAUGGGCAAAUGAUUGGUAUGGUGUGGUUCAGGCCUUUGUGACCUUUGGAUUUUUUGGCAUUUUAAUUUCCUUUUUUCUAGUUGUACUGUACAUAUUUGUUAGUAAAUGUCAGAAAAAUGGAGAAGUUGCCAUUGCAGUUGCUAUUAUCUGCAUCGCUACAGGUGUAUUUUAUUUGAUCGGCAUUAUCAUUUUUGGUGCCAAAGUAACCGACAAGUGGCCAGAAAGUGCCACUAAAGACUAUAAGUUUGGUUAUUCAUUUGCUCUUUCUAUCAUCGCCUUUUUGCUAGAAAUUGUUGUUGGUGUGUUGAUGCUUUUGGAAGGUAAAGGCGGAGUAGGAGGAGGAGGAGGAACUAAACCAUUAGCAUAAACUUUUACAUUUUUUACUAAUCAGCUAUAUUAAAUAGUUAACAUUUUUAUGUCAUGAUAUGUAUUCGAUUUCUACCGGUAUUUUAUGAAUAUCUUCAUAUUGGAUAUGAAAUUUCCAGCUUAUUUGUUUAUGUUCAAUUGAUUUUCUUAAAUUUACUUUUCUAUGUUUGUUCGUAAAGUAUUAUUUAUGAUAUACUGAAUGUAUUGAUACAUAAAAGAUAUCCCAAUAAUUUUCUUUGUUUUGAUAUUUAUCAGACGAUGAAGUGCCCUGUACGCAAUGUGCUAAUUGUUAUCAUUUGGUCUAUUAAUAUGACCUAGGGAACUAUCAGACAGUCCGCCAGAACCUAUAUCGAAUCAGUGCUGGAAAAUGGAAAUACCACUUUAUAUAGUUGGUGCGUUCUAUAUAUAUGCGCGUAUUUAAUUACUUCCUUCAACAGUAUUGCAAAUAUCCAAAAAGAUGUACGUAAAGGCAACAGUAGUAUAUCGCUGUUCAAAAGUUAUAAAUCGAUUGAGACUGAAAACAAAUUCGGGAUACAAACCGAGGGAACUACAUCAACUAUAAGAGGAAAACAACGAAACAACAGACACACUGAAGUGCAACACGAAAGAAACAACAAUGCAACACACACAGAAACGAACUAUAAGAUAACAACAGCCAUGCAUUUACCUGUCUUAGUACAGGACAUUUUAAGAAAAAAAUGGUGGGUUGAACAUGGUUUUGUGGCUAGCCUCGCGCUUUUAUGGCAAUGUUAAAUAUACCACUAAAAUGACAGGAAUACAGCACAAUUAAAAGCAAGAACGUUCAGGACAGAUCAAUACACCGUGAAAUAAACAAUACAAUAGUACAUUUCGACAUGUUAACCACAGAAUAACAACGAACACGUAAAACAACCUAGGACGGAACACAAAAACAGCACAACAGUUCGUUGAUACAGUUCGUCGCACGACUGUAUCAACGCCACAAAAGUGACGUCACAGUUAAUUUUCUAAAAAUUGUAUAU